AUGGAUCCUUUACCUCUUGAGCUGCCAAUGGACGCAGUGCAACGCAUCGCGGCUGCACUGAGAUGUCACCCAACCGAUGAGAGGGUCGCUCUUCACCUAGAUGAGGAAGAUAAGCUGAAGCACUUCAGGGAGUAUUUUUAUAUCCCCAAAAUGCAGGAUCUACCUCCAGUCGAUCUAUCUUUAGUGAAUAAAAAUGAAAAUGCCAUCUAUUUCUUGGGAAAUUCUCUUGGCCUUCAACCAAAAAUGGUUAAACAAUAUAUUGAAGAAGAACUAGAUAAGUGGGCCAAAAUAGGAGCCUAUGGUCACGAAAUAGGGAAACGUCCUUGGAUUACAGGAGAUGAGAGUAUUUUGGGUCUUAUAAAGGACAUUGUUGGAGCUAGUGAGAAAGAAGUAGUCUUAAUGAAUUCUUUGACUGUUAAUUUACAUCUCCUACUGUUAUCAUUUUUUAAGCCUACACCAAAACGGUAUAAAAUUCUACUAGAAGCCAAAGCUUUCCCUUCUGAUCAUUACGCUAUUGAGUCACAGCUUCAACUUCAUGGACUUAACGUUGAGAAAAGUAUGCUUAUUAUAAAGACAAGAGAGGGGGAAGAAAUCUUAAGAACAGAGGAUAUCCUGGAGGUCAUUGAGAAGGAAGGAGACUCGAUUGCAGUGAUCCUGUUCAGUGGGGUGCAUUUUUACACUGGACAGCUCUUUAAUAUGCCUGCCAUCACUAAAGCCGGGCAAGCGAAGGGUUGUUUUGUUGGCUUUGACCUAGCACAUGCCAUUGGAAAUGUUGAACUCCACUUACAUGACUGGGGAGUUGAUUUUGCCUGUUGGUGUUCCUACAAGUAUUUAAAUGCAGGAGCAGGAGGUCUCGCUGGUGCCUUUGUCCAUGAAAAGCAUACCCAUACAGUUCCACCUGCGUGA